AUGUCGAAACUUUCAGAGGCCGUUAAGGCUCUCAUCAACGCCAGCCAUGCGCGGCCCGGCUACACUCCCUCGUCGGCAAAUGUACAGACUGUCCUCACAAAAUUCGCAAGCGACGCUGCCGAAAAGAAGGUCGGAUUACCGGCUUGGGUGACUUUGUCGACAGCCGUCUCAGCGACAUUAAACUGCCCCGAAGCCAUGACACAAAUCUUCCACCUAGCUAACUCGACCACGACUACCGACGAGCAGCGCACACCCGUUCAGAAUGCCGAACUAAUCCGAGAAGUCGGGCUUAAGUGUAUCUCGUUCAACGGUAUCCCUCGCAGCAUCAACACUCUAGGCGCAUUCCGUAAUAGCUUACCCGCCGAUGUCGCCUCAUCAUUGAGUACGACUCCGACGCGCGAGUUGACGCCAUCUAACCUCGAGCUUCGUAAGCGCGACGGUCUUGCCCUCUGGGAUAGCGUCUACAUAGGCUUCGAGCGCAAGCUACUCGACAAACUGGCACAGUCACAUCCAGAUUUACCCGUCCAUAUCCUCAACGGUCACUACUCAAACCUGCUAUCAAACCCACGAGGCGUAGAUGCUCCCGCGAAGGUUGGUCGCGUACUCACGUCGCUUGUAGCUAUCGCGUGUCUGCGCACACAGACUGGUGUCGGACCCCAGGUUGUCUCGCAUAUCUUUGGUCUACGGAAGGCGUACGAUAACGGUGAUGCGCAAGCCGAAGGAGAAGAGCCCGUCGAGGGCGGUGCAUGGCUGGCUACUGAAGACGGCAAUAUCUGGAUAUUGGAGAAUAUUGAUAAGUUAGUCAAUGUGAUUAGCAACGGCGGAGGAACUACAUUUGCGCCUGGGUUACGGGCCAAAUUAUAA